UCUAGUGGCUAGUGUGCCUUAUAUUUCGAUUUUCUUGAAAUUAAUUUUAAAUUCCAGAAUAAUCGACAGAAAUUAACUAAAAUGAGCGGAUUAGUAAGAACAGCUCAUCGGGUAAUACAGUCCUGUGUUAAAACUUCAGGUUUUAAAGGAGCCAUAAUUUCUCGAACUCAAGCACCAGUAAAACGUGACUUCACCAGAGGAAUAUGGCAUAUGACUUGUUCAAAGCGCAUGGACAGCACAUCGGCAGCUUCCAACUUGCUCGCUAACCACUCCAAGACAUGCAGCUGCGGUUGCGGGAAGGCGAUACACACUAAAGGCGAAAGAGAGCUUGUAGAGUUCCUGACAGAAGAAAUAGUUGCAGAGCGGAAAGCUCAGAAACUCAAGUCCUUGCCAGCGGAGGUUGAGGGCUUCAAAGUACAGGGGGACGGAGCAGAGGUGGUCCUUACUAAAGAGGGCAAAGAUGAAACAAUCAAAAUCACGUUCAAUGUGAACCACACAGUGGAUUCUGAAGAGUUUGAUGAUGUUCAGCCGGAGAAGCAGGAGUUCUCGGAGAUGAGGUCCAAGCCACAGUUUGAGGUGGACAUUGUGAGGGGUGACUCAACGCUCGGCUUUACAUGCUCCUUCCUGCAGGACCCACCAAGCACCAAUGCUGAAGAGUACAAUGACAUUUUCGGAAUUGACGAGGUGACACUUUACAAGGGGGAUUGGUCUGACAAAGUUUAUGCAGUCGCUGGGGAUGUUCUUGACGGUUACUUGUACGAUCUGUUGAUGAAUCUUCUAGAAGAGAAGGGGAUUAGCAACGAGUUCGUACAGAAGCUGUCGGACUUCAGCACAUCGUACGAGCACACGGCAUACAUCAACCUCUUGGAGGGAAUCUCCAAGUUCACUAUUGGGAAACAGUAGAUUCUUAAAGCCCGCUACGGACGGAACAUAAUUGCAUAGUUUGGUCACAGUAAACAUGUACUAAAAAUGAAUAUACAGGGUGUAACAAAACUAAGUGAUAAUACUAUAGG